UAUUUCGUCCCUGAUGAUUCUGUUCUCUUGACGCAUUCUGUGGAAGCGUCCUUUUUCUUGUUCUUCUUUAGAAGUCCCAUGACGGCUUUCUAGAUUACCUGCUCCGCUUUCAGUGGCGCAUAAUCGUGUUUAAACAUUUUAGGGGUUGCAGUUCUGUUUUCCAGAAGUUUCUGUAUCAUUGGUUGGCCUUACUUCCCCCCCAAAGUGGUUAGUGUGAUCGCACAAUCAUACAUCAAUUUACAACUUGGACUUUUGUACCGAAUGAAUUGUUGUCUCCAACACAGCUGAGUUAAUCAAGCUUAAGAAAAGAGGAGAGCCGGGUGGAAAGUGGUGAUUUAAUCUCAUUAAUCCAUUUAUUUUGAUCUUUCAUUAAAUUUCCUUUCAUGUGCAGUGUGGUCCAUUGUCAUCGUCAUCACUGUUCAGGUAUUAAAGAGUUCCUGUUUUGAGUGGGGAUUUCUCAGCCUGACACAUAAAUGCAGCUGCAGCUGCUGCAGUUACACAGACAAACACUGCUUACUACAUCUGGUUCCAGUGUGAAAUUUUGGAUCAAGUUUUGCAAGGAUGCAUACAUUUUUGCUCAUGGUUGUGUGGGCUAUACUGAGUGGCGCCAUCUCUGACACCCAGCAGGCAGAUGUUGAGACACUCAUGGAUAAUGUUGUGGUCCUGAGGGUGCCCUCUUUCACGGGUAGCAUGGUUCACGUUCCUUUGACCUGCGGAGAAGCUUUUCAGAAUGAGCCUGUGUUUUGGAAGAAAAAUGGUCAGGAGCUCAAUCCGCCUCUGCAGGGGAACCAAGUCCAGGUCCUGGUGGAGGAGAUGAAAGGAGGAAACUACACUUGCCACCUCAGUCCAAGUGGAGGAUACCUGAACCACACUCUGAUCCUAAUCCAGCUUAAUCCAGACAACAGGACAGUCAUAUUGGAAAACAGAGAAGGAGGUCACAUCCACUGCUCGGCACCAAACUAUACAGGAUCCUUUCACUGCUCCUGGAAAAGAACAGCGCUCAGAUCUGAUGCCAGUGUGGUCUUGGUAAAGGCUGAACGUUUUACCGAAGAUAUCUCCUGUGAGCUGGAUGGUGAUGCAUCAGGGGUUCGCUGCCAGGAUGCCCACUGCCCAUACAAAGAGGAGCAACAUCGCAUUUCCGUCACCGUUUACAUACGCAGCCAUGCUCGUUUGGAGGCCUACACAAAGUCUUUCUACCUGAGAGAAAUCGUGAGACCGGCAAAACUCCCUAACCUGCACAUCAGUGAUGGGAAGGUGUUCAGCUGGGACUACCCUGAUACUUGGGAGAAGCCCUGCACGUUCUUUGGCCUACAGUUUGAGGUCAAGCUGGUGCACAGUGGACAUCCCUGCAACAGUGACAAUCAAAUAAUUAAUAUCACCACUGAUGCAACCAAAUACGAGGUUGGCGUUAAGACCAAGAAGUAUGUUUUCUGUGUGCGAGCUCAGGACAAGUUCACCAGAGGGCCGUGGAGCCACUGGAGUCAGUGCACAGUGAACAAACAUAACGUGGCGUGCUAAGCGUUAGCCGCUGGACUCUGCUGCCACACCAGAAAGAGGAAAACAGUUUUUAAAAAUAUUGUAAUUCAGAAGAAAAAAAGUGGUCUAAUACAUUUUUUCAAGUGAUGCACAACAUAUGAAGCUGUGCUUCAGGAGUGAAUGUAUACCUGUACAGUAUUUAUUCAUCCCUCUUCAUCCCCAUUCGUUAUGUCUGUGGAACUACAGCACAAUGUUAAAAUAAUGAUUUGUACUGUGAUUGAAAUGAAUUAGUAUUUCCUUCAUGCCCUUGGUAACUUAUUUAUAUCUGUUCAGAAUGUUUCUCGACAUUUUAUAAUAAAUUAAUGAACAUAUCA